AACGGAUGUAUUCGUCUUUGUUGCUACACGGCAUCAUAAGUUGUACGCACUGGUUUCCGGCUGGUGCUGUUACCAUUUGCGCGGUGCUUGUGAAUACAUUCGUGUGAUGUAACUGAUCAUGUGAUUUUCGCCUGACUCCUGGUUAAAGCUGUGAUGUCGUGUGGGCCCGCGCCCCCUCCCGUGCCCCCUCCCGCGCCCCUGCGCUUUGGGCAGGUGGUGAUCGGGCCGGCCGGCUCGGGGAAGACCACGUACUGCCGCGGCAUGGCGGAGUUCCUGCGGCUGCUGGGGCGGAAGGUGGCGGUGGUGAACCUGGACCCGGCGAGCGAGGGAGUGCCGUUCGCGUGCGCGGUGGACGUGUCCGAGCUGGUGGCGCUGGGGGACGUGAUGGACGGGCUGCGGCUCGGCCCCAACGGGGGCCUGCUGUACUGCAUGGAGUACCUGGAGGCCAACCUGGACUGGCUCCGGGCCCGGCUGCAGCCACUCGCUGACCACUACGUCCUGUUCGACUGCCCCGGCCAGGUGGAGCUCUACACCCACCAGACCUCCGUGAAGAACAUCUUCGCUCAGCUCGCCCAGUGGAACUUCAGGCUGACGGCGGUGCACCUUGUAGACUCUCAUUACUGUGCCGAUCCUGCCAAGUUUAUCUCUGUCCUCUGCACAUCGCUGUCCACCAUGCUACACGUGGAGCUGCCCCAUGUGAACGUGCUCUCCAAGAUGGACCUGAUCGAGCAGUACGGCAAGCUGGCCUUUAACCUGGACUUCUACACGGAGGUGAUGGACCUCUCCUACCUGCUGGAGCACCUGGCAGCCGACCCCUUCUUUAAGAAGUUCCUUCGUCUGAACCAGAAGCUGGCCGAGGUCAUCCAGGACUACAGCCUGGUGUCUUUCGUCCCACUUAACGUGCAGGACAAAGACAGCAUGCUGCAGGUGAUGCGGGUGGUGGAUAAGGCCAAUGGAUGUUGCUACGGCGACCUGGAGGAACGGAACAUCCAGGCCAUGAUGUCCGCUGCUGUGGGGGCGGAGUUCCACUUCGAUGCCACUCUGGGAGUUCAGGAGAGGUACGUGGGAGCCAGUGAGCAAACCAUCGAGGAGGAAGUGCGAGACCUGUAGCCACGCACGCACGCACGCACGCACGCACGCACGUGUGCACGGACAGACAGACACAGGGAUGGAUUGAUGGUCCUGGUUGCCUGGAUACUGAUGCUGCCCCUCAAGACUUCAGGGGUGAACAGAAACGCACGAACCCCACGGCCAGUGGACCUGUAAAAGACAGCUGUGCUCUUUGUCUCCCCCAGGAGGGCAUUCUGAGCAGUGCACCCACUGGAGACCCAUGUCUCUAACCCUGUGCCCUGACCCUAACCCCAACCCUGUGCCCUAACCCUGUGCCCUGACCCUAACCCCAACCCUGUGCCCUGACCCUAACCCUAACCCCAACCCUGUGCCCUGACUCUAACCCUAACCCCAACCCUGUGCCCUGACCCUAACCCCAACCCCAACCCUGUGCCCUGACCCUAACCCCAAACCUGUGCCCUGACUCUAACCCCAACCCUGUGCCCUGACCCUAACUCUAACCCUGUGCCCUGACCCCAACCCCAACCCUGUGCCCUGACUCUAACCCUGUGCCCUGACUCUAACCCUAACCCCAACCCUGUGCCCUGACCCUAACCCCAACCCUGUGCCCUGACCCUAACCCCAACCCUGUGCCCUGACCCUGACCCUAACCCCAACCCUGUGCCCUGACUCUAACCCCAACCCUGUGCCCUGACCCCAACCCCAACCCUGUGCCCUGACUCUAACCCUGUGCCCUGACUCUAACCCCAACCCUGUGCCCUGACCCCAACCCCAACCCUGUGCCCUGACUCUAACCCUGUGCCCUGACUCUAACCCCAACCCUGUGCCCUGACCCCAACCCCAACCCUGUGCCCUGACUCUAACCC